CACCUGUCACUCAGUUACCACAGGCACUUGCGCUGCCGCCCGGAUCAGCUAGGACUGGGAGUUUUGACACGGAUAGUCCACUGCGACGAGCUCGACUCAAAAUUUACAAUUUGACAUGAAUUCGUUUAACGUGUUUAAACAUUGGAGGGGAAAUUAACAAUCGUCGGCAUCGCAUUGAUAAGGAGGCAGCAGGCAAACAGACACCGAGAGAACGCAUUUCCCAGCCCCUGGAGCAAAGCACAGACUGGCGUUUGAAAGCGGAUACUUUUGUUAUAGACUGGGAUGGCACCUUGACGCGUCUUGUCUGUCUCAACAAAGACACAGGCUCACCAACAAAAUUGCGUACAGGAGAUAGCGCUGUGUAUUCUGUAGAAGGGCAAAGACAACCGCUCGGUUGGGAUGAUUGCUGUAAAGGCUGCAGUGACUAUUUAAACCCUACAUGCCACACACAGUACUACAGGAGAACCGGUGAAUGCCUUCAUCAUGAAUCUGCAGGGGAACCCAAUGAAGCAUGGCAAUGGAGUGGGCAAAUCCAACAAGAUCAGCGCUAAGGCUCUGUACGAACAGCGAAAAAAAUACUCCAACUCCAACGUCAUCAUGCAGGAAACAUCACAGUAUCAUGUUGAACACCUCGCCACAUUCAUGAUGGAUAAGACGGACUCCAUCACCACAGUGGACGAUGCCGUAAGGAAACUGGCUCUGUUGGACUCCAAGGACAAGAUCUGGACCCAGGAGAUGCUGCUGCAGGUCACCAGCACUUCUGUCAGGCUGUUGGACUGUGACACUGAGGAGGAGCUGGAGAAUUUCCCCCUGUCCACGGUGCAGAUGACUCAGACGGUGCUGAAUAAGACUCGCUACCCCUCUGUGCUGCUGUUGGUGUGCCAGGACAACGAGCAGCACCGGCCCGACAUUCACUUCUUCCACUGCGACGAGGUGGAGGCAGAGAUGGUGCAUGCUGACGUCGACAGCGCUCUGGGGGACAACAAACACGGAAAAAAGAUGCGCCCACAGACCCUGAAGGUGAACCAGGAGAAGAUGAAACGACAUCAUGAGUCCAUAAUCCCUCCCUCAGCCCAGAGGGCUCCAGCCCCUGCGGGGAAGGGGAGAGUGGCUGCUUCCAGCCUGCAGGAUGCUGAGAGGCGUGGGUCUCAGAAGCAGAGCCCGCAGUCUCAGGAGCAGCUGGCCCAGAGCAUUGAGAAAUAUGUGCAAAUCCUGAACUGCUCCCUGGACGAUAUCGAGAUCUUCGUGGCCAGGCUGCAGAAGGCGGCGGAGGCCUUCUCUCAGCUCAACCAGCGCAACAAGCACAAGAGCAGCAAGAAGAGACUGCCAGCGGAGGGAAUGCUGACACUACGUGCCAAACCCCCCACUGAAGACGAGUUCAUCGACAGCCUGCAGAAGAUGAAGCUGGCCUUCAACCUUCUGGCCAAACUGAAGAAACACAUCCAGAACCCCAGUGCUUCUGAGCUCGUUCACUUCCUGUUUGGACCUCUGGAGUUGAUUUUGCAGAGCUCUGGGGGCCCAGAACUGCCUCGCUCCGUCAUCUCCCCGCACCUGUCCCAGGACACUGUGGAGUUCCUGAGGGGACACCUGUCCCCUAAGGAGAUGACCAUCUUCGAGCUGCUGGGAGAGGGCUGGACGAGGCCCAGGGUAGCGUGGCCUAGGGAACAGUGCGCUCCUCUCUACAUCCCCAAAUUCUUUAACGGCUGGGAGCCGCCGGCCGAGGUCUUCCUCUCGUCGUCGUGGGAGACGGAGUGCUCCGGUUCCCCCUCCGCCCAGUCAGACUUCGGGGACCAGCCCAAUCAGUUCUUUGAGUCACCAGCCUCUGGGCCAUCGAACGGGACUUCACGAAAAUAUGCCAAGAUCCGCUACCACUUUGUAGCCCGCAACGCCAACGAGCUGUCUGUUCUGCAGGAUGAAGUGCUGGAGGUCAUAGAGGAUAAUAGGCAGUGGUGGAAGCUGAGGAACCGCAGUGGGCAGUCGGGGUAUGUGCCCUACAACAUCCUGGACGUGGUGUCACUGGAGCAGCCCCAGAGCCUGCCAGAGCCCCCCUAUAGCCAGCCUGCCCCAUCUUACGGUGGUGCAUCGCCCUCCGGGUCUUUGGGACGGGUGAACAGCUUUGAGGCGGGACGGUCCCACAGAGACUCCCGGAAUCAGAUGGAUGAGGUGAACGACGAGCUGCUGAAGAGGAUCACCACCAGCAAGAGCCAGGGCCCGACGCGAAACUUCCGCGUGGAGCGCUCGUCCAGCACCAGCGUCCCGCUCCGCCUGGACUCCACCCCCGAGCAGGUCACCGCCUGGCUCAAGGCCAAGGGCUUCUCCGAACCGACCACGGAAUGCCUGGGCAUCCUGACGGGGGCCCAGCUCUUCUCUCUCAACAAGGAGGAGCUGAAGGCCGUGUGCGGGGAGGAGGGGGCCCGCGUGUACAGCCAGACCGCCGUGCAGAAAGCCCAGAUCGAGAAGAGUCGUGGGGACUCAGAGCUGCAAGAGAUCAUGAAGAGGAGACAGGAGAUGGUAGACCCCCCCUCCAAAGAAUGAGUAAAAUAACACUGCCCAUCAAUCAUAUCCCUCACUGGCCCCUACCAGCCAAUACACUCACAGUGCACCAGCAACCUCAUAAAGAAGAUCCCGGCUCCGCCUCCUCUGUCACAAAAAAAGACGAACUCCACAAGCAUGUUACACAAAAUAUUUUUGUAAUUGUAUAUUUAUUUUUUUAAUUGUUUGUGUACACCUUAUUUUAGCCCGUUCUCUGUACAUUUAUUGCUGCAUCUGUUAUGCAAAAAGGUCCUUAAGAUGUUAAGUAUUGUGCUUUUGAAGGGUAUGCGUAUGUGUUUGUACGUGUUUGUGUGUGUGUGUGUGUGUAUGCGCAUGCAUGAAAGCUGGUUACCUAUGUUGUCAUGUUGUCAUCAUGUUGUCAUUGUGUCUGGGAAAUAAUUAGAAGUGAUAAAAUGGUAUCUACUUUUUGUCUGCAAAGUCUUGUGCAUAAAACUAAAAACUGACACAAAAAAGUAAUCAAUAUUGAAAGCGAUGAUUUUUGCAGGUCAUAUUAAUGUAUAAUUUCACAUAGUUAAUUAUACAUUCCACAAAAAUGUGAAAUGUCUUUAAACCUGCAGUCCUUUGCAUAUUUUCAAAGUAUGAAGUAUAUCCUUUCUGCAUUCCUACGGACUUUCACAUUUAAAAGGCAAUGUACAUUUAACAAAAAUGGGAUGAAUUCGAACAUUUUCAUUUCUGUGCAUUGGUAUUCUGUCUCUUACAGAACUAAUAGUGUUUACUUCUGAAAUGCUUAAUUUGAAUAAUUUUAUUUUCUAUAAUUACGUCGCUACCAUGGUGGAAGACAUUCACAUAUUUUAUCUACAUGUUAUAUCAUUUUAAGUUUACAUUUUUUUUCCCAUUAAUAAAACCAGUUUGUUGCCCUUUAAAGGUGAACUUUAACAAAAAAUAAUUUCUCUCUCAUAAUUUGGCAAGCUUGAUUGCAUCCUCGGUAAAAUAGGUGUAACCGUUAUUUAAUGUGUCAAAGCCAAAAUGAUUCAUCUGCAUCAGCAAACGACCAUUUGUAUUGA